ACUUCACUUUGACUUUCACACUGAGGUUGUAGGUAUUGAUAAAUUUGUGAACGUUUUUGUUUAAGAAAAGUUAUUUUCAUAAGCCAUGGCUCGUACGAAGCAGACCGCGCGUAAAUCAACAGGAGGAAAAGCUCCCCGAAAACAGCUUGCCACCAAAGCUGCAAGAAAGUCAGCACCCUCAACUGGAGGUGUGAAGAAGCCACAUCGUUACCGUCCUGGUACAGUAGCUCUGAGAGAAAUCAGAAGAUACCAAAAAUCUACUGAGUUGUUGAUCAGAAAGUUGCCUUUCCAACGAUUAGUAAGAGAAAUUGCCCAGGACUUCAAAACUGAUCUCCGCUUCCAGUCUGCUGCUAUUGGUGCUUUACAGGAAGCCAGCGAAGCCUACUUAGUAGGUCUUUUUGAAGACACAAACUUAUGCGCCAUUCACGCAAAGAGGGUAACCAUUAUGCCCAAAGAUAUUCAGUUGGCUCGCCGAAUCAGAGGAGAAAGAGCUUAAAUUCUUUUUCUCUUCCUUCAAGCAACUUGGUUGCUUCAUAUUCAUUGUAGAUUUUUUCAGUUCUUUCAUACAUUGAUUACUAAAUAUAUAUUCCAGCUGGGUGUGUCAAGUGAAAAACUUAUUUAUGUUUCCUUGUCGUUUCAUGUUGAGACAGAGCAUGGUUUUAUAUAAAAGAUAUCAAUUCCACUUUUUCUGUUUGCGUAGGGUUUUCAUUUUCAUUUAAUGAAUAAAAAUGUGUUCAUGUUUGACAUUUUUUUACUUAAUACUACUUUCUUUUAUUACAAUAUGACUAUCAGAAUAGAUUAAGUUUUUUAGUAUUACGUUAUUUUAAGUGUUAGGUAUAGUUUUUUUAAAUAGCAAUUGUAACCUGAUUUAGAAUAAAUUUAUGUGGAUUU